UUAUCAAAAAUAGUCAUUUUUAGCAAAUUUAGUAUUGUCGUCUGUUGAUCUGUUAAAGAUAAACCAGUUCAACCAAUGGCAAACUCAAAAUUAUAUCUGAAAGAAACGGGCAAUCUCCAACCCCAACUGCCACUCUUGUCUCUCCGUACAUUCCGGUUUCAAUACCGUUACAACAAACCAAAAAUUAAAAAGAAACCAAACCGUCCUUCACAGAAUGCCUUGUCUAACUGAAUCUUGAAAUCGAAUGUGUCAUUGUUGGAAUGCAUGCAUAGGUAGAUUUUCUGUUGUUGUUGUUGUUGCUGUUGUUCUUUCGAUCAUUGUUCAUAGUUAAGGAGCUUGUUUGGGAGUUAUAAAAUGGCCGGAGGUGGAGAAGGCGGAGGUGCCAAAGAGCUUGAUCAGACGCCCACGUGGGCUGUUGCCGCAGUUUGUGCCGUCCUCAUUGUGAUUUCUAUACUAUUGGAAGAAGCUAUUCAUAAGCUUGGACUGUGGUUUCAAAAAAGGAAAAAGGACGCUUUGGUUGAAGCUCUUGAGAAAAUUAAAGGCGAGCUUAUGGUUUUAGGAUUCAUUUCUUUAAUUUUGACAUUCGGGCAAACCUACAUUGCUAGAAUAUGUAUUCCUGUAGAUAUUUCAGAGACCAUGUUACCUUGUCCCUUUAGAGGAGGAAGAAAUGAACCCGAGGGGGGACAUCGCAGGCUUCUAUGGCAUGAGCAUAGAUAUCUAGCUGCUGAAAGCAAAGGUCCAGCUUGCAAGGCGGGUUAUGUGCCGCUUAUAUCUGUCAAUGGUUUGCAUCAGUUACACAUCUUCAUAUUCUUUUUAGCUGUCUUCCACGUGAUAUACAGUGCCAUAACGAUGACGCUUGGAAGAUUAAAGAUACGGGGGUGGAAGGUUUGGGAAAAGGAAAUUAUUCAUGAAAAUGAAACCUUGAAUGAUCCUCAAAGAUUCAGGCUUACUCAUGAGACAUCCUUUGUAAGAGACCACACUAGUUUCUGGACUAAAACAGCAAUCUCCUUCUACUUUGUCUGCUUCUGGCGACAGUUCUUCAGAUCUGUUCGUAGGGCUGACUAUUUGACCAUGCGACAUGGAUUUGUUACUGUUCAUUUAGCACCCGGAAGUAAGUUUGACUUUCAAAAAUAUAUCAAGAAGUCAUUAGAAGAUGACUUCAAGGUAGUUGUGGGAAUCAGUCCACUAUUAUGGGCUUCAGUGGUUUUCUUUCUGCUUAUUAAUGUCAGUGGAUGGCAGGCUAUGUUUUGUUUGUCCAUACUUCCUCUGCUUGUGAUAUUAGCUGUUGGGACCAAGCUUCAAGGAAUAAUAUCAAAAAUGGCUCUUGAAAUCAAAGAAAGGCAAUCCGUAGUCCAAGGAAUACCUCUUGUGCAAGUCUCUGACAGCCAUUUUUGGUUUGGUUGGCCUCAAUUAGUUCUUUAUCUCAUCCAUUUCGUCUUAUUCCAGAAUGCAUUUGAGAUAACAUACUUCUUUUGGAUAUGGUAUGAGUUCGGCUUGAGAUCUUGUUUUCAUGAGGAUUUUGGUCUUAUAAUUUUAAGAGUUCUCCUCGGGGUAGGAGUUCAAUUUAUGUGCAGCUACAUUACACUUCCACUGUAUGCCCUUGUUACUCAGAUGGGAUCAACCAUGAAGAGGUCAAUAUUUGAUGAACAAACUUCCAAGGCCCUAAAGCAGUGGCAUCAAAAGGCUGUAAAGAAGAAGACUGAUGGGAGGGCAUCAUCUCCACCGCGGACUUUGGGUGGAAGCCCCGGUGACUCACCUGUGCAAUCCCCACCUCGAGCAUGUCCUCAUGGCCAAUUGUGUGCUGUGGUACCAGAUAAAUCUUCUCCUGAAAUGACAGCAAACAUCAUGGCCAGUGUGGAUCUUCCAAGGGAACAAAAAUCCACUAAGAAUGAUGGCUACCACGACUUACUAAGUGAACCGUGAUUAUAGCCAAAGUGAUCGCCAUGUGAUAGGAAAAAUGUUGAUGUUGCGGCUUGCUUCAGUGCCACCAUUGGCAGUGGUAGAGUCAUUGUUUUCUCCAUUAAGUUGCAUUUUCGUUCACACUGAUUAAACAGUAAGCAAAUUUUCUGCAACUCUCAAGGCUAAGAAGCAUCUUUGUGUGAUUGAUUUAACAUAGCUCAACUAUGAAACCAGAAGUCGAGAACUCCUAUGUAAUGUUCUUCACAGUUUUAUUAUUCCUAUUAGGCUAUUACAUGCUUUGUAAUGUGCGCUUGAAUCGCAUGUUCAUCAACCUUCUAUUACUUGUACACUAUAGCCUUUGUUGCGUGUAAAAACUAAAAACUACAUACCAUGUUUGAUGGGUGAUAAAGUAUAU